AUGGCGGCACAACCGGGGGCCUAUUCAGUUAACGUCAACGACCCGGCCUUGAUUGCGCUCGUCAACAAGUUACAAGAUGUCUUCACUGCGGUGGGAGUCCAAAAUCCCAUAGACUUGCCACAGAUCGUGGUCGUCGGUUCACAGUCAAGCGGGAAGAGUUCAGUCUUAGAAAACAUUGUCGGCAGAGACUUUCUUCCUCGAGGCUCCGGAAUCGUCACCCGUCGUCCUCUCGUUCUGCAACUUAUCAAUAGACCUGCUCCGGAGAAACUCCAAACAAAUGGCGUCAGCGAAAAGGAAAUGAAAGAGACGACCGACAGUCAAGCAAAUGUCGACGAGUGGGGUGAAUUCCUGCAUCUCCCCGGCCAGAAGUUCUAUGAUUUCAACAAAAUCCGUGACGAGAUUGUCAAGGAGACAGAGGCAAAAGCAGGCCGCAAUGUGGGCAUCUCGCCGGCACCCAUCAACCUGCGGAUAUACUCUCCUAAUGUUCUCACCCUGACGCUGGUCGACUUGCCGGGUUUGACCAAAGUCCCUGUGGGAGACCAGCCACGAGACAUUGAACGACAGAUUCGAGAAAUGGUGCUCAAACAAAUCUCGAAGCCCAAUGCCAUCAUCCUGGCGGUGACAGCUGCCAAUGUUGAUCUGGCCAACUCAGACGGUUUGAAACUGGCUCGUGAAGUGGAUCCCGAGGGCCAGAGGACUAUUGGUGUUCUGACCAAAAUCGAUCUGAUGGACGCUGGCACCGACGUUGUGGACAUCCUCGCUGGCCGGAUUAUUCCGCUCAGACUGGGCUACGUCCCCGUUGUCAAUCGCGGGCAGCGGGAUAUUGAGAACAAGAAGCGAAUAGAUUUGGCUUUGAAAGCAGAGAAGGAAUUUUUCGAAAACCACCCAUCUUACCGAAACAAGGCCUCAUACUGCGGUACGCCUUACCUGGCCCGAAAGCUCAACACCAUCCUCAUGAUGCACAUCAAACAAACGCUACCGGACAUCAAGACGCGAAUUGCCACAUCCUUGCAGAAGUACUCGCAAGAGUUGGAACAGCUGGGUGCCGGCGACCUCCUGGGAAACAAUGGCUCCAACAUAAUCCUCAACAUAAUCACCGAGUUUGCCAACGAAUACAGAAGUGUUCUCGAAGGCAAAAGCACGCAGCUAUCCAACAUCGAGCUUUCCGGAGGUGCCCGUAUUUCGUUCGUCUACCAUGAACUCUAUGCAAACGGUAUCAAAGCCAUCGACCCCUUUGAUCAGGUCAAAGAUAUUGAUAUUCGCACAAUCCUUUACAACUCCUCCGGUUCCCAGCCCGCACUAUUCGUUGGCACCACCGCUUUCGAGCUGAUCGUGAAGCAACAAAUCCGCCGGCUGGAGGAGCCAUCCCUGAAGUGCGUGUCAUUGGUCUACGAUGAACUUGUUCGCAUCCUCAGUCAACUUCUUGGAAAGCAGGUUUUCCGAAGAUAUCCUCAACUGAAGGAGAGAUUCCACCAGACUGUCAUCUCCUUCUUCCGCAAGUCGAUAGAGCCAACCAACAAGUUGGUUAAAGAUCUGGUGGCGAUGGAGGCGUGUUACAUCAAUACAGGCCAUCCAGACUUUUUGAAUGGCCAUCGUGCAAUGGCCAUUGUCAACGACAGACACAAUGCCAACAAACCAACACAAGUGGACCCGAAAACUGGCAAACCUCUUCCACCGUCGGUGCCACCUCGAGCAGCCUCGCCCGGUCUUCCUACGGAUGGCUCCGAUCAGAACUCUGGGUUCUUCGGCUCCUUCUUUGCUAGUAAGAACAAGAAGAAGAUGGCGGCCAUGGAACCGCCGCCAGCCACACUCAAAGCCAGCGGCACCCUGUCCGAACGUGAGAGCCAGGAAGUGGAGGUUAUCAAAUUGCUCAUCAACAGCUAUUUCAAUAUCGUACGGAGGACAAUGAUUGACAUGGUUCCGAAAGCAAUCAUGUUGAACCUAGUACAGCACACGAAAGAAGAAAUGCAGCGAGAAUUGCUCGGUCAACUGUACCGGACACAGGAGAUCGACGAUCUUCUCAAGGAAAGCGACUACACGGUUAGACGGCGGAAAGAGUGCUUACAGAUGGUGGAGAGCUUGAGCAAAGCUCAAGAAAUCGUCAGCGAGGUGCAGUAG